AAGACGGCGCUACGAACCCUGGGACGCCGCGCUCCCAAGCGCCGAGGUGCGCCUCUCCCGACAGGGGGACGCCGGAUAGGCCACGUGACGCGGCCGCUUCCAGAACUACAUCCCCCGUGAUGCUUUGGGCGCUGAGGGCUCCGUUGCCAUGACGCCUUAGCGGUCUCCUUUCUCCAACUCCCUCGGGAUGCCGUUACCGCCGCUUUCUCCAGCCCGGGUGUUUGCCGAGCUGGUCCCUCCGCCCGCCGGGGGGGACAACAGCCGGGAGAAUGAAGUCCCGAGGCCGCCGGGGAGGGAAGUUCACGUCAGCGGCACCUCGGAGCUCAGCGCUAGGCCGGACCGGGCGAAAGUCACCGUUUACCUGAAGAGCAAGAAAGGAGAGGCCGGAGCGGCGCGGAGCAGCGUCACUCGGAGGCUGGAUUAUGUCGCCCAGAGCGCCCGGCAGCGCGGAGGAAUCUCGGUGGGUAGAGGGUGAGAAGGAGAGCCGACCCACCUCUCGCGCAUGCGCGCAGCUCAAUGGCUUUCUCUGUGGCUACACCACAUCAUCACAUCUUCUGCGCCGGAAAAGCUUUCGCUCUUAUAGUUUGGUGGGAGGGGUGGGCCGCUUGUACCCCUAGAGAUAUCCUCAACACCACUGAUCUGAUGGAAGCCGAGCUGCAUCAUGUGGAGGGGCAGUGGUUCCACACCAUGCCAUUAGGAGAAGCAUUCAAACCGCAGUGGAAUGAUUAGACUAGAGAGGAAACCCUUGGCUACAAGCCCAAGUUUACUGUGUCUUUCCUGAUUGUGUAUUUGCUGCAUUUCCAUCCUGCCCUGCUGUCAGUGAACUUAAGGCUGCACACAGGUUGCUUAGAUGGCAACCAGGUUUUAAAAAUUGCUCUCUGUAUUCAAUGCAACAAGAUAUAUUUACGGAGUAACAGGCUGGAUGACAAAUGAUUUCAUGCUCUACUUAGGUUGGGUUAACAGUCCAGAGUAGUAUUUGAUACAGUAAUUGUGGGUGAAGACAAGAUUUACUCAUCUAUGCUAAACUGGAUUUUUUAUUUUUACCUUGAAAUAGUGUACCAUGAACUCUGCUGCGUUGCUUAGUACUAGUUAAGCAACCAUAAUUUCAUUGAAAAGCAUUCUCUUCCUUACUUUUGUACUUAAAGCUGUUUUUUUUCCCUAGGAGAACGACAUGACUGUGACAAAGAACUUUAGUAGAAUAGACAAUGUGUAUAAGAUGGAAGCAGAGGCAAGUGUCUUAAGUAAGAGUAUUGGUCAUAUGUCUCAAAUACCAUUUUUUAAUAUAUAUCUUGAGCAUUAAGCAAGAAAUGUGAAACUAAGUCCUAAUAUGCUUUUCUGCUCAAGGGUGAAAAUGGUUCCACACCCAUGCAUUACAGUAUUACAGCUUGUGGCUAUUUACAAUCUUUUUUGCCAUCCCACUCCUGAAAUAUUUUCCUGCAAUACCAUCUUAAUAGCCUUACAAAACUAUGUCAGCAUCACAGCACGCUUGAUAAUGAGAUACUGGUGUAGUUAUUUAUGGAAGCAGAAAUUGAAACAUCUACCAAAUUUACAAUCCAGUCCUCAAAACAUUCAUAUUGAAACUAAGAAAAGCUUUCUUUAUGUGAAUUGUGUUUAGAAUUGCAGCCUUGGAUCUAGGCUUCAAUCCCAUACAUGCUUAUCUGGAAGUCUUAUUGAACAGAGUGUACGGUAGUAAAAACCUGGACACCCCAAAAGUUAUUGAGCUCUUUUUUUUUUUAGGAAGGCCCAAAAGUUUGCUUUUUUAACGGACGCCACUGAAAUUGUUGAGCUUUUUACAAAAACACCAAGACGUCAAUUCCAGACGUAUGACAGCCCUAACACAACGGGACUUCUCAUGCACUGUUCACUGUUUACUUCUAAGGCAGUUCUGUAGCAUAGGUACUUGGAAGUUACUGUACAGAGGUAGCAUAUAAAUGAAAGUAUAAUCUAAUUUAGCUUUGUACAAAAUGCAUAUUAUAAUUGAUUUUGUAUUAUUCAUCUUUAGCCAAUUUUUAGCUAAGGCACUGAAAAGGCUUACAAAUUUUUACAUUCCCAUAUAGGUCUGCAUUACAUUCAGUGAUUUCGGCAAAAUGCAAGACGUCUGUAACUUCCUUGUUGAGAAGCUAGGUAGCUCUGUUAUCAUCAGCCCACCUCACUUUUACCAUACAGUGGAGGCUGUAGAUGCCCUUCGGUAAGUUAUGUCUUCCUCCUUUUACCAGAAAGUUAGGGCUCACUAGCUUGAUUUACCAGUGCCAUGCCUCUGGGAAUCUGUUCUCUAAUAAGUAGCCAAAGCUUCUAUUUUGUUGACCAGUCCAAGAAAACAGCUGAUGGAAUACACAUGUUCGUAUAGAUAUGGCUCCUACAUAAUAGUAAACCAUCAUUAAAAUAAAUGAGGGUUUAAAAUGAAUGUGCUAGUGCAUACAGUUGGAAACGGCAGGUGUUUUACUUUUGUCCCGUUGCUGGAAAGCAAGCUGUAUUAUGUAAGAAUCCAAGCUCAUCUUUUGUUUUCCCCAAAUAAACCAUGAACAGUAAACCAAGAACAAACCUUGAUUGCUACUUGUGACUUGGAGAGAAGCAGACCAGAAGCACUAAGCCAAGCGCCAUGGCAGGAGCAAAUCCCCCAUGAAAGAGGUUGAUAUAAUAUUAAAGUAGACAAAAAAGCGAAACAAGGCUCCAUAUUCUUCUGAAGGUUCUAAAUUGGAAUGUAUCAUUAAGAUGACAAAUCAUUCAGUCAAGCACCCCAGUGCUGGUACAUGAAUAACCGUGAAAUCUGGUAGAGUCAUACCUCGGGUUGCGAACACUGUGGGUUGCAUGUUUUCGAGUUACAGACCACGGCAAACCCGGAAGUACCAGAACGGGUUACUUCCAGGUUUCGGCGCAUGCGCAGAAGCACUAAAUCACGCUUUACACAUGGGCAGAAGUGCCAAAUCACAUCACGCGCAUGCGCAGAUGGGACACUGCGGGUUGCAAACGUGCCUCCCACACAGAUCACGUUCACAACCCGAGGUUCCACUGUACUCCCAGUAAAGUGGGAACAGGAUUGCAGCCUAUGAGGAGGAGAAAGCCAGCCUAAGAAGAGAUGAAUGAAAAUAAAUGCAAUCACAUAUAUUUUGGCUUAAUGUCAGAGUUUUGCCUGUCUGGUAUGGAAAGGUUGAAAUGACAGUGCAUGUAUAUAAUAACACCACUUAAGUGUAUAUAUAGGCCUUGAUUCAGAUCUGAAGCAUAAAGAACUAUUAAACUGUUGAACUGCAGCAGCAGGGUCUGUGAAAGCAUGCAGUUGGGAACACUUUCAAAGAGUGAAUAUAGAUCAAUGGUAUCAAAGGGUAGGGCAGCUAACUUUUCAUGCAAAACUAACACAAAAGUUAAAUGUUGCCUGUGGAAGAAAAAUACUUUUCCAUUAGUUUGUUACAUGUUUAUUAAUGGUUAACAUAUCAGAACAUGGGAGAUCCCACCAUCAGCAUGCACCUCACUCUGGACACAAUGAGCUGGUUUUUGCUCUUUGCUCUGAAAAGAAAAGACAAAUUAACUCUGUUCUGUGUGAUAUUGGAACUUUAUUUGCCUUUCUCAGCCUUUGACAAACUUACCUUGGAUUUCCAAUCUGACAUGUGUGUUGUUGUUUUUCACAACAAUGUAAACUGGUGGAGUGGGGGAAGGGGGUUAAUUUAGUUGUUUAAGUUGCAUAAAUUUUAAAUGUCAUAAAAUGGGGGAGGGGAUAACAUCGCUGAAUAUAUAGAGGCUGAAAUCCUACACUGAUACCUGGAAUUAAUCUCAAUGAACUCAAACUAACAUACUUUUGGGUAGACCUGUAUAGGAUUGUACUGUUAGUUGCUUUGUGAAGGUCUUUCUCAUUGAAAAGCAGAGUAUACAGUGCUCAAAAGUAGGUACUACAUUGGUUAACGCUUUUAAUUGACACACUCCCUUUUUGUUGCUUUAAUUAGCUAAAUCUUCUCAUUUGUCUUUGUUUUUUUUGCAGACGUCAGGUUUGUCUUGCUGCUGUUGGGAGUGCCCGGCAAAAAGCUCAAGAAGUUUGCCAGUUGCUUGGCCAGCCCCUUGGGAAGCCUUUGCUAAUAAGGGAAGAGGAAGUGAAAGAGUGGGAGGGCCACCUCGAAAAUCACUCGGCCGAUGCCCCAGACUCACUGGGUUUGCAGCAGAGACUCCAGAGUGCCACCAUCUAUGUUUCCUCAAGGGUAUAUGCUGUUUUUGAAAUAAAGGGGGAAAGGAAGAGAAAACAAGCAGCUCACAUAAAUGUAAACUGAUUUAUUACUGAAGUCCGGAAUCAUUGUGUUUUCCUUUGGGAAGAACAUUAUUCUUAGGAAGCUUAACUAGCUUUUCCUUAAUCAAAAUGUUAAAGUGACUCUGACGUUUGUUCACUUUUUAAACGAUUCCAUGAAAUUGUAGCACAGGUUGUAAUUCUCUGGACUUGGACGCAAGCUGUGGCUUGGAUCCCAAUUUACGUUUCAUUUCUUGGAAGAAAACUUCGUGUUCAUAGAAGACACUUUCCAUUAUCAGCAGCUCCUUCCAUGAAUAAAACAAACUUUGGAAUCAACCUAGUGAAUGCUUGUGAUAGCCAUAGAUACAAGUACAUUUUUAAUAUACUGUUUAGAAUAAUUCUUAAUGGCUGAUGACAGAAACCAGUUUUUUUCAGUGUUUUACACUGGACAAAUUGCAUUUGGUGAAAUGCCACAUUGUCAGUGUAGUUCAAGAAAUCUCUGUUGAGAGUAGUUUUAUCAGGGGAGAAAUUCCUUGGAUGCCAGAAGCCCCUGGCCUUCAAAUAUAAGGAUGUGCAUUUACUGUCUGACAUGAGAAAUUUCUCAAAUAUAACCAGUCUGAGUUAAGAAAUUAUGAAUAAGAGACGGAAAUACUGUAAAACUGCAUUGUUGCUGAAAAACUUGCUAAUUUUUGGGUGUUGGUGGUGAGACUAGGCAAGGUGUUGAGUGAUUUCUGCUUGAAUAGUUUCACAGAUUAAGGAAUGCAGUUUCAACAAAAAGGAUAGAACUUACAACUCUGCCUAUAGUUUCUUAAUCUCCAGUUUAAUAAAAUUCUAACUUUCCAACCUGUAUGAACUAUUCACUCUUUGUAUUUCAUCUGCAGUUUGCUAUUUUUGUGGAAUUUAUUCUGGCUUUGCUAAUGUAAGGAAGCAAGGUUAUGGGGGCGGGGCAGCUUUUCCUAACAAGGAAAUAAUGCAGAUGUUUUUCAUUCUCCUAGCCCAACACAAUGUCCAUUUUAUAUUAUAGUAUAUUAUCAUACCUGCCUAUGCACCUGUUAAGAAUAAGUGCCUUCAGAAAGAAAGUUGAUCACACAUCUCUGGAUAAUAGAAUUUGUAAGGCUGUCUCACACAUGUAGUGAUGGUAGUAAAAUUUACCAGUUCCAUUAGAGCAUUUGUGUUAAGAAACUAAGUUACUCUUGUUGCCAAUCAAUAUCCUUUAUAUUUAAGUCAUUAAGGUUGCAGUCCUGUAGAAACUUACCUGGGACUAAGACUCGUUGAACUUGAUGGGGCUUAUUUUUGGGUCAACGUAGGAUUGCAGUAUGGUGAAAGUUUUUAGACACAACUUGUGUACUUCACACAUUUAUAUUAGUUUAAUAACAAAAGCAAAGCAGCUUAGAAAAACGAGUUUUCUAUUUAUUUAAAAAUAGGUUUGUAGUUACUACAUUGCAGUGACAGUAAUUCAUACACAUACAUUCUAGUUUGUAUAAAAGGAUUCCAAGUAUUAUUCAUCAAAACCAACGUAAGUGUUUCACAUAACAAUAAAAGUUUCGAUCAAUAUGUACAAAAAGAAAGGGCACUGUUCAUCCAGGUGUGAGACUGCACUUUAUAACUUGAUAAAGCAGAAGAGAAAGAAAAUAACCUUGAUAAAACCUAAACUUGUAAAACUGUAUGUUGGUUACAUGAACAUUUUUGGGAUUUACACCAUACUGUACAAAGUAAGCAAAGCUUUAAAAUGUGUCAGUUUCAAAAUUAGAUGUUCCAGACAAUUUCCUUAAGUUACACUACAUUAUAUGUUUCAACAUUAAGUGGCAAGAUUUAAGGUAUUCACUCAAUAACUUUCUUUUCAAUUUUUGCAGUGUAAUGGUCCAAAAAUGUAACUUCAAAAUGUGUGUCAAUAGCCUAUCCUUUUUAAAACAUGCAUCUGAGAUAAAUAUACCAUGUUAAAUGUCUUAUGUGAAAGUGUAGAAAUUUGGUGCUGUAUCUUUAAAGGUGUAGUCAUUUCCAGCACUAAUUAUAUCAUGAACAAAAAUUUAUACCAUAUCCUGAAGCAAUUAUCUGCAUUUAUUUAAAAUUCAAAUAUUCAGCAUUUGGCUCCCUUUUUGGUAUCAAAAGAAAAAUGAUUUUUCAUAUAAAUAGCUCCUUAAAUUAUUUACCCUUUAAAUAAGGCAAAUUUGGGGUUUGGUCUUUAUAACAGCAAAUAUUAUGCUAUUUCCAUCUUCAAAAUGCCAUCUCACAUCUACGGUACUUUAACAAAAAAUAUCCUGAAAUAAAUGUAACCUUCCUGAAACAGAGGGUGCCUUUUAUUCCAAAAUGUUGUGAACUAAAUGGGAAAAUGAGAGCAACAAAAUAAUUUUCUGCUUCACCAUUAUUCCAAGAGUAAUUAUGUAAAGUUAGCACAUUAAAAAAAAAACACAAUACCAGAUUUUGUUAUAUUAGAAAUAAUUUUCAGACUUGGCCACUAUAUAUGAAAUGUACACCUUUUUUGAAUUAUAAACAUAUGUACAUUAUUUACAGCAGAAACUGGACAGCCCUUUUAUUAGAUGAAUGCUUAGGUCCAAGAACAUGAAAUGCAAGAUUGAUACAUCAAAAUUUACAACAAGGCUCAAUCCAGUCGGUCCCUUACACACACUAGGACACAGCUGUCCCACAAGUGCACCUCUCCAGUUGUGGGAAGUCUGAUGGCCGGUGUGGGUGAGAUGGAUGGCAGGAAACUCCUGCAUGCCCUGAGGAUGCAAGGCACGACUGGAUUGUGGCCUUAAGCUUUCAUUAAAUAGACCACCAGGAGCUCUUGCUUCAAAGAAAAGGAUCCAGAUUCUUCAGCACAGUAGGAUCAGCUCUAUGCAGAAAUCAACACACUUAAGAGCUGUGUGUAUGGAGUUCUGGUUGGGGUCUUAAUAUCACUUUAGAUGUACUAAAGCUCAUGAAACUGAAAGCUCAAAUUGGUAUUUCACAAAGAGUCGUAACACAGCACAUGACUUAUGUACUGAAACUAUGUCCCCAUUCAUUUUUAAACGUUGAGAAGUACUACAUGCUUUUGAAUCGGUAUUUUACAAAGAUCAGUCCAAACUAAGAUAAAGUAUUAAACAACUGAAUUAACCACAAAUGGAAAAAAUUGACAGUAUGGUACGAAUAAUUUUGUGCAAGUUUACAUCACAACAGUACUAUAGGAAGACAGGUUUUGUAAAGCUGCAUCGCUACUCAUACCACAAUGAUAAAGAUCAUUUCUUCAGUACCCAGUAUUAUACCAAUGUAAUUCAAGCUUAAUCCCUGGGAAACAAUUAAAUUUCAAACCCGCUUAGCCAAACAAGGGAUUGAUUACUGGAGUGAAAAUGAACUUAUUUCCCAAUCAAAGAAAAUGGAAUGUGUUGCUAUCAGACAUCGCUGUAUAGUAACCACUGGUUAAUAUUGAAGUAAUUUAAUGUUCAGCAUUAUGGAACUAAUGGACCGCUCUGUAUCAGAAGCUGUAUUCAGUAGACUGCAUUUUACAUUUGUUUUCAUUACUGCCAAGUUUGUAAGAUAAUUGCUUGUGUGAAUAUCUGUAAUUACCAACAGAAAGAGUAUCUACAUAGUAUUUUCCAUGUAAAUGUGCCAUAAAAUAAAUAUUACUUUGCUCUCAAUAGUUUUAUCCAUAACACAUUUCAUUAUGGUUUCUCCCUCCAAAAGUUAGUGAACCAGUAUUUAUUGCUUAUAUUAAAAUGUGCUAAAUCAAAAGCUCUUCUGUGUUGGUACAAUAAAUUUUUUGCAAAUCGGUCAAAUCUAACCAAUGACAGUAAUUUAAGUCAAACCAAUGCAAUUUACAGCACUUAUAUAGUAUAUUUAGCACAAUUACAGUUUUAAGUGUUUCUACACAAAUGUAUUACCAAAAUAAUGUUAGAAAAAAAUAAGCUUGUGAAUUCUUAGUACAAAAUUAUUCAUGAAUGGGGAACAAUACAUUUGUGUACUGCAAAUAAGACUUCGAUUCUUUUGUUCUGAAAUGUGUAAUUUUCAGACACUAUGAUGGUGAUGUGUACUAUUCCAUUCUCCAACGUUACAUACACAUACUUGAUGUAUACAAGUAUAUACAUAAAUAUAUGCCAAGUGGGACAUAGUUAUAAAUGGAGUAACUUACAGCAAUGGGGUUUCAUGUUUGCUUUGCCAAUUUCUUUUAUAUAACAAUGCAGAUAACAAAAGGAAAUCACACAUUUGAAAUUGAUUGCCUUCAUCAACAGUGAAAUUCUUAAAUGGACAAGAUAAAUCUACUGUAAUGCUUCCAUUGUGAAAUGAACUAUCACUGUACAUAGGCUGCUGAAAUAUUUUCAUGUUUAAUGUCUGCAAUAUUAGUAAGAAUGCAUGUUUAAAAACAUAAGUCAGUGUCCCAAAUCCCAUAAUUAUAAUAUACUAAUGAAAAUAGGUAUCCAAGGAGGACUAGUGCCAGUAGAAUUUAUUAUUCUACUGUAAAUCAUGAUUUGGCAAAUACUCUUAGUUGAAGAUAUUUUCUUAAAAGCCAAACCAAUAUGGGUUAUUUAGAGGAGAUGGUGAUGGCAACUAACUAACCAACCAAAACAGAAUCUUCCCUGCCUCCAAACAUUCUAAACUGGCCUGAUCAUAACGUCGAUUAGUCUACUUCAAAUAAAAGUGAAUUAUCUUGAUGUUUAUGAGUAUUUGUGAUAAAAUCAGAAAUGCAUUUUAAGAACCAACUGCCAUGGACACAAAUGGAUAAAAGAUGCAUAUUAAUCUUGAACCUCAUACACCAUCCACUGCGAGCAACAUAUGUGCACUAAUUGAGUAUCGUGUUGCAUACAUAGCUGUGUUGCAUACAUAGUUCCUGAAGUUGCUUCCACCUGCAGUCCUCAAACCCGGACUGGAAACUACAUAUUAACACAGACUGUCAAUGUUGCCAACAUGGUAGACACACACAAAACGUAAGAUAAUUGGUGCCGUCAACCUAGCUGUUUGGAGGGUAAGGAUCUGAAUAUAACCUCCCAUGCUUCCACUGGUCGUG